UAAAAAAAUAUUGUUUUAUCCCGAAAGCAGAAAACCCACCAGCAAAGGAAGAGAGCAAGCAAGCACUAGUCAACAGCGUUGAAACUCUCCCUUCACUAACAACUUCUUUCUUUUUUGUAUAAAUCUUCUCAAAUCUACCUUCCUCUCUCAAACUUCCUCUUUUAUUUUUUCCACGUUUAAGUGUUUUUUUCUUCUUUGUUCGUACAAUGCCACAGGGCAAUUUAGAAACCCUUGUUUCUGCCUGCGCCGGCGUUUCUUGCGACAACAAAAUUGUCUGCGAGACUUUAGCAACCACCGAUGGCGACCCCGACGACCACCUCCACACGGCGGAGAAACCUGUUGAAGAAGAUAUCCCGCCGGAAUCGUUUUGGUUAUCCAAAGGCGCCGAGCUCGACUGGUUCCAUCGCAACGCGUUUUACGAACGUAAAGAAUCGCAGAAAGGAAACUCAGUUUCUAACUCCACAAAUCUUAAUCCUAGUCUUAACUCAAACUCCAAUUCUCAACGCUUUUCGUUGAGAAAAUCUAAAGCUUCCAUAAUCGGAUUACCGAAGCCGCAGAAAUCUUGCUUUGUUGAUACGAAGAACAGGAAGAAUACUAAGUCUGGAAACACUAGAUUGUUUCCUAAACGGUCUAGCUCGGUUAAAUCGGAUCCGCCAGUUGUUGAACCGUCUUCGCCUAAGGUUUCUUGUAUGGGAAGAGUGAGAUCGAAGCGAGAUCGGAGUCGCAGACUAAAAAAGAACAGCCAACAAUCAGCCGAAAUCGUAACAGUUAAAGGGAAGACGAUGAGAAAAGGAAGCGGUUUCUUUUCGAGUUUUCGUGCUAUUUUUCGGUCCAUUGGUAAAGCACGUGAACAACACGCUCUUCCAGUAGCGCCGUCGCCGCCAAGGAACAGCGACAUUAGGUCUCGUUUGCCGCCAGAUGAUCGUGAUGCAAUAUCGAUAGAGCCUGAAAUUGCGGGGAGUGAACCGGUUGGUGAACCUGUCAGUCUAGGUGGAAUGAAGCGGUUCGCGUCUGGUAGGAGAUCGGAGGCGUUAAUCUGAGCCGUGUGGGAAAAGGCCUUCUUAGUGGUGGGCCAAGGCUAAGGCGUGGGUUGGUCUGCGGUCGUGGUUGGGUAACUUGCGGCUCCCGCCUAGUGUUUAAAAUUUCCUUCGUGGUGAUGUGGCAUGAUGAUUUACGGUCGGUUUGGGAAGGUAAAAAGGGCACAAUUUCCCUAUUUCCACUUCUUUUUUGUCCUCUCUCUGUUUGUCAUUUUGAUUUGGUUUUACUUGAUUAGCGUUUGUAGAUACGAGUAAUUUUGGAUUACACAGCUGUAAAUUUUGUU